AUGGAGGCAAUGGCUCACUCGCCUGCGUCGCCGAGCGGUUAUCACUCGAUGAACCAUGGCGCCGUGCAGCCUCCGCCGCAGCACUAUGAGCGGAGGCCAUCGGUCAAAGAAGAAGUCGAAAAGGUCCCUCCACCUGCUCCGAAGCGUGAUCCCAUGUCACUAUCCAGCAUCAUGGACUCUGGCGCAGACCCCGAUCCGCCCGCGAAAUCUCAACAGCUGCCUCCGAUCAACGAUACCCGCGCGUUUUCUAAGCCUUCACCCAACUCGCUUUUCGUCAAACAGGAGGCAGUGCCAUCGCCCGCACCUGCCGACCUCCCAUAUCAAGACCAUCGAGCCUACGAGAGCAUGCCCCCCGUCGGUAGCGCGCCUCCGCCGUCGCGGCUUGUACCCCGCGAGCUCCCCGCUCCUGACGAGGUGGCGGUGGAGGCUGCGUUGGCUCAUAUUGAGACAAAUGAGAUGAAGGACGUGGAUACUCUUGGCAUGGAGUUCCAGCAGGAAAAGGAGGAGUAUGAAUUGCAGACCCGCAAGCGUGCCCUUGACCUAGAGACCAUUGAAGGCAGCAAACGCAAGCGGCGGCGCCAAGCUACCUUAACGCGCCUUUAUGAUGUCUCGAGCGCUCACCGCGACAUCGCCAAACAAAACUACAGUAUCGAACAUGAAGCUGAGGCCUGGCAGCAGGUUCAAAACCAGGAAAUCGCGGAAGAGAAGGAGCGUAAGAAAGACAUGCAACGGAAACGGCGACGAGAGAAGACGAUACAAAAUGAAGAAGCCAAGCGAAACGAAGCUCUGAUGCGAGCUAACGAAGCUGAGAAUGACGAAGAACGGGAGAAGCAUCUGCGCGAGGCCUCAAAGGCGGAAAGGAAGGCGAAGACGACCAGCCAGCUCCUUCAGGGCAAUGCACCCAGCAAGGACUUCCGAGAGGUCACUCCCCAUGAACCUAACUUCGUAGGCGGUACCAUGAGCUCAUUCCAGGCGUCCGACGAGCUGUUGGGUGGCAAGCGGAAAGGUGGUCGAUCCGGUGGGCGUCUUAAGAAGAGCAAGGAACAAAAGCAGGCAGAGAAGGAUGCUGCCGCUGCUGGCCAGGCUGCCCUCGAUCGUGGAGACGAGCUUCCUCCCAUCGCUCCUCGAGAAGCAGAUCGUCUCGAAGCGUUGAAGAGUCGAAGCGGGACGGAAGAUCUGGGCCCCAUCACUUUGACCUCUUACAAUUCUCAGGCAUACUAUAACCUCUAUAGCCAGAUAUGGAAAGACAUCGCGAAGAAGGAUGUUCCAAAGGUCUUCCGUAUCAAAGACAAUUCGCUGGCGACCAAGCAAUCCAACCUUCGCAAGACCGCACAGUUGGCGUCCAAGGAAGCCCGACGAUGGCAGAUGCGAACCAAUAAGAGCAUGAAGGAUGUGCAAGCUCGGGCCAAGAGGAGCAUGCGAGAGAUGCUUGGUUUCUGGAAGAGGAACGAGCGCGACGAGCGAGACCAGCGUAAAAUGGCCGAGCGAGCAGAAUUAGAAAAUGCGAGGAAGGCUGAAGCAGAGAAGGAAUCCAACCGUCAAAAGAGGAAACUCAAUUUCCUUAUUCAGCAAACAGAGCUGUACUCCCAUUUCAUCGGCAAGAAAGCAAAGACCGAGGAGAUCGAGCGGUCUACCGACGACGCAGAUGCUGCAGCCGACAGCUCGGCGCCUGCGGCCGGGCCCUCCAUCAAUGUGUCGCACGAUGAUGGUGCGCCUGGUGCGAAGGUUACCAAUUUUCACGACCUUGACUUCGACAACGACGACGAGAGUGCCCUGCAAGCUGCUGCGAUUGCCAACGCCCAACAUGCUGUCAAGGAAGCUCAAGACCGAGCACGUGCUUUCAACAACACUGGUGGCGAAGAUGAUGAGGACGGAGGCGAGCUGAACUUCCAGAAUCCAUCUGGUCUUCAAGACGAGAAAGACUUCAUCCCUCAGCCGAAACUGCUGAACUGCACACUGAAAGAAUAUCAGCUGAAGGGCCUUAAUUGGCUUGUCAACUUAUACGAGCAGGGUAUCAACGGCAUUCUGGCUGACGAGAUGGGUCUUGGAAAGACCGUACAGUCGAUCUCUGUCAUGGCUUAUCUUGCCGAGAAGCACAAUUACUGGGGUCCUUUUCUGGUCAUUGCGCCUGCAUCCACGCUGCACAACUGGCAACAAGAAAUUGCCAGAUUCGUGCCUGCUUUCAAGGUCAUCCCGUAUUGGGGUACUGCUGGAGACCGAAAAAUCCUUCGAAAGUACUGGGACAGGAAGCACCGUGUGUACGACCGUGAAUCGCAAAUGCACGUGCUCGUUACGUCUUACCAGCUGGUUGUUCAGGACGCGCAAUACUUUCAGAAGAUGCAUUGGCAGUACAUGAUUCUCGAUGAGGCUCAGGCGAUCAAAUCGUCCCAGAGUUCGCGUUGGAAGAGCCUAUUGGGUUUCAACACCCGUAACCGCCUGCUUCUUACCGGUACUCCCAUCCAGAACAACAUGCAAGAACUGUGGGCUCUUCUGCAUUUCAUCAUGCCGAGUUUGUUUGACUCCCACGAUGAGUUCAGCGACUGGUUCUCCAAGGACAUUGAGAGCCAUGCGCAGAGCAACACGAAGCUCAACGAGGAUCAGCUAAAGCGUUUGCACAUGAUCUUAAAGCCGUUCAUGUUGCGGCGUGUCAAGAAACACGUGCAGAAAGAGCUUGGUGAUAAGAUCGAACUGGACGUCUUCUGUGAUCUGACGUACAGGCAGCGAGCGUACUAUACCAGCCUUCGAAAUAAGAUUAGCUUGAUGGAUCUUAUCGAGAAAGCGGUGGGAGAUGAGCAAGACAGUGCUACGCUUAUGAAUCUCGUCAUGCAGUUCCGUAAGGUUUGCAACCACCCGGACCUUUUCGAACGAACCGAUACCUGGUCACCUCUCUCUUUUGCACACUACGCUGAGACAGCCUCUUUCAUGCGCGAAGGCCAGAAUGUCAGCGUAGCAUAUUCGACACGCAAUCUGAUUGAGUAUCGCCUACCGCGCCUCGUUUGCCGAAACGGUGGUCGGCUUGAUAUACCUGGAUCAGAGAAUCCUAAGGCUGGGUUCAACGGGCAUUAUCUUUACAAUUUGAUGAAUAUCUGGGCCCAGGAUAACAUCCACCAGUCCUCUAAGGAAGACGGCGCGUUCGCAUGGCUUCGAUUGGCGAACGUGUCAGCCCAAGAGGCAUCCAAGGUUGCAAGAAAAGAUUUAUUUCGCCGUGCUGUUGACCUUUUUGAUCAGCCUCAGCAGUUAUCUCGCUUCAACAUCCUAUACGACGAGGAAGCGGGCACGUAUGCUCCUAAACAUUCGAUGCUCAACAUCGUUGAGCGCCAGGAUCGGGUUGCACUUGCCGAGAUUACUGCCAACGGCUGUAUGCAAAACCUGCUCAACGUAACUCAAGUGUCUUUCGAACAAACCGGUCUAAACAUCAUGGAGCGAUGCGCCAAGCCGGCCGCUUCUGCUCCUCCCGUCGAGUUAUAUUGCUCCAGCCAAGGUGUCAUCGCGGAGCAGCAGAACACAUUUUUCAAUACCUAUAUGCGCAACGCACUCUAUGGUUUCUCCCAGCAUUCUGAGCGCGAGCAGACGCUUCUAGAGUCUAAGGCUGUCACCUCCAAUCUCGCCAUGACCGGCAAGCUUCCGCCACCGACGAACACACGGGCACGAUAUACUCACAUUGACGUGCCUUCCAUGCAACGCUUUGUUACGGACUCCGGCAAGCUUGCCAAGCUUGAUGCGCUCCUUAGGGAACUCAAAGCAAACGGCCACCGCGUUCUGCUCUACUUCCAGAUGACGAGGAUGAUGGAUAUGGUAGAGGAGUAUCUCACCUAUCGGAAGUACAAGUAUUGUCGUCUGGACGGUUCCACCAAGCUUGAGGACCGUCGCGAUACCGUCGCGAAGUUUCAAGCGCCCGAUUCCGACAUAUUUGUCUUCUUGCUGUCGACACGUGCUGGUGGUUUAGGUAUCAAUCUUGUAGCCGCCGAUACCGUCAUCUUUUACGAUUCCGACUGGAAUCCUACGAUCGAUUCACAGGCUAUGGAUCGUGCGCAUCGUCUGGGACAAACUAGGCAAGUUACAGUGUAUCGUCUCAUUACGCGGGGUACAAUUGAAGAGCGCAUCCGGAAGCGUGCUUUGCAGAAGGAAGAGGUUCAGCGUGUCGUCAUCUCCGGAGGAGCAGGUGCCCAAGUCGACUUCAACACUCGAUCUCGUGAAAAUCGUACCAAAGAUAUCGCCAUGUGGCUCGCCGACGACGAGCAGGCCGCUGAGAUCGAGAAGAAAGAGGCCGAGCUCGCAGAGGCAGAGAAGAAUGCGCCCACCGGCAAAAAGCGCAAGCGGACAAAGAAGGUGGCCGAGGCUAGCUUGGACGACAUGUAUCACGAGGGCGAAGGUCACUUCGAUACCAGCGAGAAGCCCAGCGGUGCCGCGACACCCAUCUCAAGCGCGGAGGCGGCUGCACCCGGCGGUAAACGCCGCAAGGGUAUGACCAAGAAGGCGAAGACAGCGAAGCAGCGCCUUGCUGUUGCCGAUGGCCAGGUCUGA